AACCUCUCUCGCACUCUCGCUUUCAGAUCAAAUCUCUUUCACAGGGAAUUAAUAAAAUUCCCCUGACACGCGUACAAAUCAAACGCAAACAUCAAAACAAAUUCAUCGUACAAAUUACUACAAUUUCACUCACUCCUCCCUCACUCACAAAAAAUAAACACCCAAAUUAUUUCAAUUUCUUAAUUUUUUCCCCAAUUAAUCCAAUUAUUUUAUUUUAUUUUUAUUUUUAUUGUUUGUUAAUUUGCAUGGUGAAAAGGGGGAGAAAUGAAGACAAAUACAAUAAACCCAUCGUCAUCAUCAUCAUUACCGUAUGAUAAAAUUCAUAACAAUGCAAGAAAUCAUAAGAAUUUCACAAAAAGUUACAAAAAUGGAGUACCCCCAAUUUUGUUAUGGUUUCUUGGUUUAACCUCGUGUUUUAGCCUCUUUCUUCUCUACUCUACUAACCCUUUCCAUUUCUCCUCCCAACAACAUAUACAACAACAACAACAAAAAGAAGAACGACAAUUCCCUCCGAUAACAACUCGUCCGCACCCGAUCAAACAACAAUCCGGGGAUGAUAAAUGUGACUUGUUUAAGGGUAAAUGGGUACCAGACCUAAAUGGAUCUCAGUAUACGGCAAAUAGUUGUACGACGAUUCCGGAGUCGAAGAAUUGCUUUAAAAAUGGAAGAAUUGACAUAGAUUUUGUGAAUUGGAGAUGGAAACCAGAAGGCUGUGAGCUUCCAAGGUUUGAUCCACAUACAUUUUUGAAAAUUGUUGGUGGUAAAAAAUUGGCUUUUGUUGGGGAUUCUGUUGCUCGUAAUCACAUGGAGUCUCUUCUUUGCCUUCUGUCCCAGGCAGAGGUUCCAAUGGAUGUACAUAAAGACUCCGAGGAUCGGUUCCGGACAUGGCAUUUUCCGUCAUCUAACUUCACUCUCAUGAUCUUCUGGUCCAAAUUUCUUGUAAAGUCAGAGGAAAGAAUGGUGAAUAAUUCAGGUACAGGCAGUUUCAACCUCCAUUUCGACAAGAUUGAUGAAAAAUGGGCCUCGAAACUACCCGGCUUAGAUUAUGUGAUUGUCUCAACUGCGCAUUGGUUCUUCAGGAAGAACUACUUAUAUGAACAAGGCAAACUAAUCGGGUGUGUUUACUGCGAUGAGCCAAACACCCCCGAAUUAGGCCUUAAUUACGCGUUAAGAAUGUCGAUUCGCUCUGCAUUAAAAUACAUAAAUAACUGCAAGGGAUGCAAGAAGAACAUGGUAACCUUAAUAAGAACGUUCUCACCCGCCCAUUUUGAGAAUGGAGCAUGGGACACCGGAGGUGGUUGUAACCGGACUAGCCCACACGGUGAAGAGAAGGGUAAGGAGAUAGAGAUGGAGAAGAGGUUCGAGUUAGAGUUAAGGGAAUUGCAAAUUGAAGAACUCGAAAGGGCGAGGAUAGAAGAUAAGGGAGAAGAGAAGAGGAAGUUAAGGGUUCUGGAUAUAACUCGUGCGAUGUUAAUGAGGCCUGAUGGUCACCCUGGUGAAUUCUGGGGUAACAAAUGGAUGAAAGGGUAUAAUGAUUGUGUACAUUGGUGCUUGCCUGGGCCUGUUGAUGCGUGGAGCGAUUUUUUGUUGGCUGUUUUGCAGAAAGAGGUUGGAUUAUAGCUUCCAUAAUUGUAGAAAAAUACAAUACAAUACAGGUACAGCGAAUAUAUAUAUAUCAUAUACAGUAUGUCUGAAUAUAGUUGGGUUGUGUAUGUGCUUGCAUAACUUCUGGUGCUGGUUGUAGAAGUUACAGUAUACUGGUAAGAUUUCAAAUGGUUUGGUGAGUUAAGGCAGAAUGUACUGACAAGGGAUCCUACAGCGUACAGGAACGUUAUUCAUUGUUGUCUGAUAGAAUAGCGUUGUUACAGAAACUAUACAACUGAGAAAUAAACGGUAGCUUUUGAGAUUGUAUGUGUUUUGCAAUAUUUAUCAAUUUGGACGGAUGGAGACUGUAAGAGAUAUCUCAAUCAGGAGGGAGAACUUCUGCAAGUUUCCAUGCAACCUCGAAUUGAUUAAAAAAAAAAAACAAAUAUGAGUACAACAUGUUUAUCCAAAUAGU